GAACGCAGGAAGCAACAAGCCCAUGGCACCAUCAUCUUAGUACCACAAGCUAUAGUCGUAAUCCCGAUCUCUUAUUGGCUGCCUCACAUUCGACCUCGUAUCCACCACCACCGACACCGACACCGACACCAACACCAACACAAACCCCUUUCCCUUUCCCUUUCCCUUUCCCGUUCCCUCUCCCUCUCCCAACUCCCCUCACCACCUCACCACCCACACAAUGCCCAACAAAAGAACAGACGAAAACCUCUCCGAGGUCAUCCCCCCACAGAAACCCCUCGACGAAAACCUCCCCGAAGUCGUCCCCCCCAACUACAACUACAGCUACCCCACCGCCGACUCACCCUUCAACUUCCCCCCCGGACCUUCCUCCAAGCGAACCUCAGCCUCAGCCUCAAUCUCAUCCACCCAUCUCACCCAUCUCACCCACCUCAUCGCCAUCCCCCAAACCACCACGACCCCCACCGCCCCCUUCCUAGACGCCUACUCCCCCUCCCUCCUACAAUACGGCAUCACCCCCUCCUCAUGGCGCGGCUUCCUGACCACCCUCUCCGCAUUCCUGGCCGCCCGGGUCUCCGAAAAAGCCCUCUCCCACGCCGCCGACAUGGGGCGGCACAUCAUGUCCGGCCCGAAACGGUUCGCGCUCGGCACGCGCGACCACGCGCGCAGCAUCAGGACCAACAUCCAGGGGGCCGCGAAAGAGGGGAACUACGUAAAGGCCGCGUUCGGGGUAGUGGGCGGGGCGAUUCGGUUACCGGUGGGAACGGCAUUGAGGGCUGUGGGCGCGACGGUUAGUUUGCCGGGGGGUGCGGUGCGUGCUGUUACGCAGAAGCCGCAGACGCCGAGGGAGAGGGCGGCUGCGUAUGCGGCGGCCGCGACGGAGAAGUGGUUGAUGGAUAGGGGGUUGAGGGCCGAGGUGGUGGAUACGGGGGUCUGGCGGGUUGGGGCGUUGGAGGGGUGGGUGGCUCCGUUGGAGGUAUUUACGGGGAGUACCUUGGUUCUUGGGGUUGAGAGCUUGUGGUUGGUUGUUUUGGAGGAGGGGAGGACGAAGGUGACCGGGGAGGAAAAGUUUUGAGAUGGGAAUGAUGGGAGUGAUGGUGGCGGGGUUGAUUGGUUUAUAGAUUGUGGUUAUGGUGAUAGAGAUAGACUGACUGAGUAGAUAAUGUAUUCAGACAUAACAAUCGCCAGCUCGUCACGGGAAGUCCAUUGCCUUGGAUCCAAAGCAACCACUUUGACUGGUACACACUCCACCCCUUUGAAGACAAUGUGACCUGGCUUGCUCUCUCUCUCUC